AUGUCUUUAAAAUCUAUCCUAUUAGAUUGUUAGGAAUUCACUUAAUACAAUUAAUUCUAAUGUUGCAUAACACAAAAAUAGAAGGAAAGAUUAUUUCGUGAAAUCAAUCAUGCAACAUAAUAAGCCCUAUUUAGAGAUAGACAUUUAUUGGUUCGCAAAUUAUGCUUAUUACACAAUUAUUUCAAUUAAGACUAUUAAACAGUAAUUGAUGAUUAUUUGAAGUAAACAAGAGUAUAACUUAAAUAUUAUCAUCAGGCAUGUAAUUAUAUUUAUAUUAUAAUACAUAGUUAGAUUUCUAUCUGAAUUUUUAGAUUAAUUUGAAGAAGGAAUUGAAAUCUAUAAAAAGUACUUAAAAGAAAAUCCAGAUUCAAUUGAAGUUUAUGAUUGUUUAUGUGAUUUAUUACCUACUCAAUAAAUUGAACUUUGGAACUAAUUUAUAAAUGAUAAUCCAAAUAAUAGAAUUGGGUAUUUGAGAUUAAUGAAUAUCUAAAAUGAUGUUUCUGUUUUGAAAUUAUUUAUUAAGAAUAAUCCAAAUGAUAUAUAUGGAUUUGAAUAGCUUUGUCUUUUAGAUAGAGAUGAGAAUCAAUUAGAUUAAUAUUUACUCAAAUUCCCUUCUAGUUUUGAAGGUUUUGAUAAAAAAUGUUAAAUUGCUUUUCAAUUGAAGGGUAAAUUUAUUCCUCAUAUCUUAUCUGAUUACUUAAACAAUUUAGAUAUAAAGGAUAUAUGUUAAAUAAUCUAUUCAGAUAUAGAGAAUUGUAAUCAAAAACAUAUAUUAAAUUUUUAGAUAAGUCUUAAAAUUAGAUAAUUAAAGGAUAUGAAUUAGAGAAAUUAAAGUAUUUUCUAUCCUCAUAUAUUUGUAAUCAAUUAAUAAUCGAAAAAUUGGAUAAGUUAAAUACUAUUGAAUAAAAAAGGAAACUUAUUAUUCAAAAUGAAAUAUUUAAUGAAAGUAUGUAUAAGUUUAAUUUUAAGUAAUGAAUAUUAUCAUACCAAAAAUGUAUGAUAUUAAUUAAAUGGAGUAAUAGAUAUAAUAAAAUAAGAAUGAUAUUAAGUUUUACAUUGAUAAAGGUAAUAAAUAAUAAAUUAUAAUAUAUAGCAAAUUAUUAUUAUAAAUUGAAUUAAUUAGAUAUGGCAUUGAAAGUAUUUGAUGAUUAUAUCAAUUUAUUCCCAUAUUAGUAUAAAGGAUAUGAAGAGAAAGGUUUUAUUAAAUUUAUAAUUAUUAUUUAAAGCUUAAUUUAUGAAAUACAAAUGUAAGCCAAUUUAAAUAAAAUAACAUUGGGAAAAAUUCAUUUAAUAAUGUUCUAAUAAAGAAUAAAAUAUAUUGUUGAAAAAGGCAGAAAUAUUGACAACCAUUUUGAAGCAGCAUGAUUAAGCUAUAUCAUUAUUAGAUUAACAUAUUAAAUUAAAUCCUAGAGAUGAAAAUGGUUAUCUAGCUAAAAGUAUAAAUAAUAUUUAUUUUAGUAAGAUUAUUGUAUAACUAAGGAAGAUAAAAAGAGCUUUUAUGUACUAUAGAUGAGUAUUUCCAAUUAAAUCCAUCAAAUGAAGAGAUAUAAUUAUUAAAAGGUAGUAUAAAUUCAAUAUAUAUAUUUUAGUUUAAAUGCUCACAAAGAUAUAUUCUAAUGAUGUAGCUUUGUAAUUUAUUGAUUCAUUACCAUAUGAACAUUCAUUGAAAUUGAUAGAGAUGAAAGCAAAAUUAGUAGGUGAGAAAAACAAGGAUGAGGGGCUUAAAGUAUUUUAGGAGUAUUAAAAAUGUAAUCCAAAUUGUAGAAAAGUGAAUAAAUUAAGGAGUAUUGAAUAUAUAAUUAAUGGUAGUUAAAUUUAUUCGAGAUUUUUAUGGGAAUUAAUAUAUUUAGAGUUUGAGAGAAUUAAUUAGCUAAGAUCCAGAUUCUAUAAAGAGUUAUAAGUUAUUUUGUAUAUAUUCAUAACAAAUUUAGAUAAAAUGACUUUAGAUGAGCAUAUAUUAUAUGAUGAAGCCAGAGAUAUGAUUGAUUACUAUAUAGAGACUCAUCCUGAUUAGAAAGAGAAUCAUAAAAUUCUAUUAAAAAUGUUAACAAAAUGA